AUGGAUCAAUUAAAAACAGAUUUACCAGCAGCUCAGUCGUUGGUGAAUCGUGCACUGAUAGCCCACCCCAACAAUCACAACACUUGUUCCGAGGCAGCCAUCGAGUCGGCCAAGACAGGUUAUGAGACAUAUGAUGAUAUGGAAGAUCAUGUUUUUGAUACUUCUCCUAUUACUCCCAGAGAGUUGCAAGGUUGGAAAAUAUUUGGUUUUGCAACAGAAGGUUACUCUGCUCUUGCCGCCGCUGUUUUUUUCCCACUUAUUCUUGAAAACUUGGCAUCAACUCAGGCAUACGAUUCGAAAUCAGUUCGUGAGGGCGAUUUUCCUCUAAUCCCAUGCAAUGUUACAAGUUCGCAAUACUCUUGCUCCAUCUUUGUUGGCAGUGUCUGGGUUGAUACUACAUCGUUUGUAUUUUAUUGCCAAUACAAUUCUUUGCUAACAAAUCCAAUCUUGCUACCUUUUAAACUUCCAUUAGAUGCCACUACUAUUUCCGUUUUUCUUCAGUUUCUGCUGUUCAUUAAUCUAGGAGCACUUGCUGAUCAUGGUGGUUACCGUAAAACAUUUCUGAUUGGAUUUGCUGUAACUACCUCACUUCUUGCAAUCUCCACUCUUUUGGUGACCAGAAACAAUCUUUUAUGGCUAGCGACAAUUAUUUUUAUGAUGAGCAACGUCACCUACUGUGCCUCGUAUGUCUUUUUUUACGCUUGGGUUCCUAUUCUUACUCGUUAUAAUCCCGAAGUGAUUGCCGCUGUCGAAAAAAAGAUUUCCCAUGAAGAGUACUCUCAUAUCUCGGAAACUGUUGCAAACUCUGUUUCCAGUCAGGGGUUUUUUUGGGGAUAUCUGUCUGCUGUUAUCCAACUUAUUUUGGGUGCUGCUAUCUAUAUUGCCAUGGGAGACGGCAACAAGUACGGUUUACCCAGCGUGUAUCCUCUGCAGAUUGGAAUAGCAAUGAGCGGCAUCUGGACGCUCAUCUUUCUUCCCUUUACACAAAAAUGGCUUAAACCUCGUCCCGGCACCCCACUUCCAAAAGGCGAAAACUUUGUUCUUUUUUCAAUCAAGAAGCUUGGUCAUACUCUUGCCAAAGUGCAUCGUCUCGGCCAGCUUUUUCUGUUUUUGCUCGGAUGGUUUAUUUACUCUGAUGGCUUUACUACAAUUAUUGCUGUCGCCAUUCUGUUUUUUAGAACUGAAAUCGGGGUUAGUACCACAAAUCUCCUUAUUGCCGCCAUCAUCACUCCCCUGUUUGCCGCUAUUGGCUGCUAUGUUUGGAACAAGAUUCAAGUAUAUACCAAGGCAACUACUAAGCAGAUUCUGCUUGCCCAGGCAUUUUUGUACUGUUUGCUAUGCGUCUACGGUUUAAUUGGGUUCUUUACCAAACCGGGAACAUUUGGCCUUCGAAGUCGCAACGAAAUCUUUCCACUUGCUGCUUACCACGGGUUUCUUCUUGGUGCAACCCAAUCUGCUUGCAGAGUGAUGUUUUCCGAACUCCUUCCUCCAGGAUACGAGUCCGAGUUUUUCUCACUCUACGAGAUUACAGACAAGGGAUCUGCAUGGGUUGGACCUCUCAUUGUUGGUUUGAUUGAUGAUCGUACUCAUGAAAAACGCAACUCGUUUUGGUUUAUCUUGGCCAUGUUGGCCAUUCCUAUUAUUAUCUUUGGAGUUUUGGAUAUUGAAAAGGGCAAGAAACAAGCACGCGAGUACGUUGAGGAUAUGAAGGCUCUUCGUGAUUGCAAGAAAAAGGCCGAGUUUGCCACUGAGCAAUGA